AUGAGGAAAGUGUUUCGGCUGAUAAAUCGUUUAUCAAGCAAAUUGAUUACGUAUAAAUUUAUUUGUUAUCUUACGUUAUGGAGGUACGUUCUAGAUAAAAUAGACAAAGUUAGUAUUGCUCUUCAGCAAAAAGACAUUACGUUGUCAACAGCCAGUAUUCUCCUCAAAAGUUUAAAAGAAGAUUUGCUCAAAUUUAGACUUACUGAAUUUGAAAAUAUUUACGAAAAGGCAAAGGAAAUUUGCGAUAAAAUGAAUAUAUCACCCGAGUUUAUUGCCAAAAGAAAAAUUAAAAUAAAAAAGUUAUUUUCCUAUGAAGCAGAAGACGAGGGUAACCGUUUUUCGGAAAAAGAAAAAUUUAAAACCAGUUUCUUGGAAGUCUUAGACAGCAUUUAUAAUCAAAUUGAGACGCGUUUUGAAAAUUUACAAGUCAUAAACGAAGAUUUCAACUUUUUGACCGGCCAUUCCAUAACAAACAAAAGCGAUGAUGAUUUGAAAAAAAAUAUUCUAAAGAUAUUGAUGGCAAUGAAUUAUAUUUAG